AUGAGCAUGGAUAAAUAUCGAGGCGAAACUUCUCGCCAAUCUCCUGAUUCUGAAGAUUUUUUGGUUCAGAUAAAUGACAGCCUUGCCAACUUAGAAGAGGUAGAAAAUGAAGGUGUCAAAUUAAUUAAUUUAAUAAACGAACAUCAUGACAGAAUACAGCACGCUGGAUAUGCGGCUCAGGAUGUCAAAGAAAAACUUGAAAGUUUAUAUAGAGAUGCUAUUAAGCAGGCUAGUCGUGAAGAAGAAAUGGAUAAAAAGAUCACAAAAGAUAUCGAUAAGUAUCUAGAGUCCAUAAAAGAUUCCAGAACACCAUCAGAUUUAAAUACAGAAGAAAGUCAUAAAAAAAAGAGAAGUCAGGAAAACACAUCAGUUAACAAUAAGGCGAAAAAACCAAAAGUUAGCAUUAUUAAAAAUGGAACAUCAGUCGCAGCGAAACAACCUAAAGAUAAAGACAUCGAAGAAAAUUGGAUUUUGGCCACAGUUGUAGGGUAUAAGGUUGAAUCAAAGAGUUACGAAGUCGAGGAUGCGGAUAAAGACGAGGCAUCAAAUAGACCUGGAGAACGAUUUAUAGUACCAGUGAAAAAUGUUAUAGCAAUUCCAAAUCCUGGAGAAAUGCGUUCACCGGAAUUUCCAAAAGAUUCAACAGUCAUAGCAUUAUAUCCUCACACGACAUGUUUUUACAAAGCUGUUGUAGUUAUUCCACCAAGUAAAUUAACACCAAAAACCUCACGAUAUUUACUUACUUUUGAAGAUGAUGAGAACGCUGAAAGAUACGUCGACGCACAUUAUGUGUUAGAUAUCCCUAAGGAUAGAUAA